UAAACAACGGUUUCGCAUUGCAACACCACUUGAACAAAAUGUAGGCUGCUAGAGAAAACGACCGAUAGAUUUGUGCUAAGAAAUGGGACCUAGAUGAAACCCAGACGGAACACAGGAGGCGAGAAAAUGACGAACUCAAUACAAAAUGCAAAUAUGAACCACAAAGUCUCCAUGAUGCGACGGCAGAAAAAACGGAGUACACGGAGUAAUUUUAACGGGUUCCACCCUCGGCGUCCCCCGAAGUGCGGGCAGGACGGGUGUUGUGUUCUUCGCUGCUGGCCCAGCGAGGGUUAGGCAUCGAAACAAGCACAACAAAUCCCGAUUCCAAGCCCAAAAUAUACAACAAGGAGCACAGACUAUAAACACACAGCAUACGCAUUGCAACAUCUACAUCGGAGAGAAUUUCGCUACCAAGUUGCAGGCGGCUUUUCAGUUUGAGAAAUCCCUUCGGCAGAUUGAUUCUGAAGACGGAUUUGUCCAGUGCAAGUUUGACCCGUUCAAGAGGUACCAAGAGAUGAAUUUGUCCGGCAUGGCAGCGAGGAUGAAGGAAUGCCCCAAUGCUGGUGGUGAUUCAGUCGAGUCAGAGGUAUUGAGUUUGGAGUUGCUCCAUCGGUGCUUCGGGGCCAAGCUGUUGAAGACCGAGAUGGAGGUGCAGUACUUCCCGUACGGGGGCUCCAUCGUCGACUACACGUGCGAGAUGUUUGGGGUCAGUUUGGGCGUGUCCGUCACCAGGGCGAUGAAGUACAAGGGGGAGUUUGAGAAGGAGGACGCAGAGAAGUUGUUGGGCAAGAAGUUGAGGGGUAUCAUGAACGCUACCCAGAAUGCAUUGGAUAAAUGGUCCAAGCAGAUCCUCCACAUCUGGGCGACCUCCGCCAAGGUCGCUGACGUCUUGACCUCUGUAUACCAUGACCUUUCACCUCAGUUGAGAACCAAUACUGUUGUAUUGGUUACCAUAGUAACCACUCCCCAGCAUUCCUUGUUCAAGAACUCAAGAUGACCCUUGGUGUCAAUAGAAUUUUAGAUAUUUUGUAUGGAAAUCUUGUUUUUGUAUUCAUGAAAUACAGUCUGUCUUUCAUUUUGAAAGUAUAAUUGAAUUUAUGUUCAAACCCCAUUGCAAUAUUGAAAUAUGUUUAUAUUUUAUAUUUAUAUCAUUUUAUCUGAAUUUCUAAAGAAAUACUUUUAUUAUGCAACCUCCAUUGAUAGCUGAAUGUUUUUUUUAUCGACAAUUAAGUCACUUUGCCUUUUUUCUACAAUUUUAUGCAGUAUUUACUUUCACCAAAUAUGUUUCAAGUGUGCAGAUGCAUGUAUGGUGAGGUGUGUACUAAAAUGCAAGCAAUGCUUUACAAUAAAAAAUAUGCAGUUAACCUAGUUAGUUAAAUUCAAAGAGUUUUUUUUCAACAAUCUACCUAAAUUUUCUAACUCACUUGUGAAGUCAACUGAAAGCUCAUGACGUCAGCUUAGAAAUAAAUCAUCAAGAACUUGUACUUAAAUACGUCGAGAAAGAGACUAUUAGAGAAAGAGAGAGAGAUAUAUAUAUUGAGGGAGAGAAAUAAGGUAUUCGUGUAGUGCUUGAAAUCAAGUCAUGUAGAGAAACCAUGUGUGUUGCAAGCAAUGUAUUUAUUGUAAUCUAUUGGACACUGUGCAUUAA